AUGUAUUUGGAAAAAAAAAAAGAGGAAAUAUAUUUGGCAAAAGCAAUAUAUGCUUAUGGAAUAAAUUUGAAUGUGCAUAAUCCAUUUCUUUUAUUGGAUGAUAAUUCGAUUUUUUAUAGUAUAGGAACCAAUGGAGUAGUUCAUAAUAUUAUAGACAAAAGUCAAAGGUUUAUAUUAAGUGAUGAGAAUUGUUAUAGCAUUAUAUGCUUAAGUAUAAGUGACGAUAAAAAAUUAUUAGCAUUAGGAGAGAUAUCUAUUAAUAAACCAUUUAUAUGUAUAUUUACAAAUAAAUAUAAAUUCAUUAAAAAAUUAAUAUUAAAUAUAUCAGAUAAUGAAAGUAAAAUUAUGAAUAUAUCUUUUUCUUCAAAAAAUAAAUAUUUAUAUUGUAUAACUAAUGGAUUUACAAAAAGUUUAUUUUUAUGUUAUGAUUGGUUUUCUGGAAAAUUAAUUUUUAGUAAAAUUUUUCCUUUUUAUGAAUUUAAUAAAAAUUGUGAAAUUUUUUUGAAUAAUAAAAAUUCUUCUUAUAUAGGAUUAAUAUCAACUUUUGUAAAAAAUGAUUUGAAUAAUGAGACAAAUGAAGAUAAGUUAUUCGAUGGUGGAAAGGAAUUACCAGAUGUAGGAAUAGACAUAUGUAUGGGUUCUGGGGAAGUUAUCCAUAGUGAUAGUAGAUGUGAUAAUAACAUGAAUAAAGCUAGUCAUCAAUUAGGAAGAAACAUAUUUUUGUACCAUUAUACAAAUGAAAAUCUAACAGAAAUAAAAAUAAAAAAUAAAAAACUCGACAAAAUUAACAAUACCUAUACAUAUUGUUGUUGGAUAAAUGAUGGUAUUUUGUUACUAAUAAAUAAAGAAAAUUAUUUAAUUUUUUAUAAUAUAAAAAAAAAAUUAUUAAAAAUAUAUAAAGAUCAUAUAGCAAGUAGUGAAAUAUUAAAAGUGACAUGUUUAUCAAAUGGGUUUAUUUUAUAUGAUAGUAAUUAUAUAUAUUUUUAUGAAUGCUCUAAUGAUAAUGUUGAUGAUGGAUUAAACUAUUUAUUAAAAUAUUAUAUCCAUUUUAAUUACAAUAAUUUAUUCAACGAAUAUUCUUUGAUUUCAUCUUGUGAGCGAUUCAUUUAUUUUAUUGGCCAAGAUGGUCAUAUAAAAAAGUUAGACAUAAAAAGGGAUCAAAUAUGCCUUUCAAAUUCGAACGUGAAAAAUCCUCAUUUAGUGAAAUUUUCUAGAGGCCAAAAUCUCGAAAAGGGUUUGGAAAAAGGUGGUGAAAAAAAUGGCGAAAAAAGUAAAACCAAGAUUGAGAGUAUCGAAAAUAAUGAUAUUAUUGCAAGUGGAAAAUAUGAGACAUUAGGUUCUGAAUUGAUAAAGGAAAAAGAUGACGAAAAUUCUGAAUAUUUAGUUAAAUAUAGCACAAAAGAUGAGGGAAGAAAUAUAGAAACAGUAUUGAAUAAUAUAAGCUCAGCGAAAAUAAAUGACUUUGAUGUUUGCAUGAAAUGCCCAUUAAUAAUUUUGUGUUAUAAUGAUAAUACAAUAAAAAUAAUAAAUUAUAAAAAAAAAAAGUUAGUUAUUUCAAACUCAUUUAAUAAUGAACCAUUAAAAUUAUCUAUUCAUUGUUCUGGACAUUUAUUGUUAGUUUCUUUUACUGAUAGAUUAAGAUUAUUUCAUAUAUUAUAUAAUAAAUUAAAAAUAAAAAAAGAAUUGUUUUUAAAAAAUUGUUCAUGUUGUAAAUUUUCGAAUGGUGGGAACUUGAUGGCUGUUUCAAAAAUAUCAACAAUAUAUAUUUAUAAAACUUAUACAUAUAAUAUUUUAUUUGUUUUAAAAUCACAUGUUAAUUAUAUUACAGACAUAAUUUGGAGUCAUAAUGAUUUUACAAUAUUUUCGAUAGGAAAGGAUGGAUAUUUAUUUGAGUAUUCCUUAUAUAAUAAUGGAAAUAAAAAUAUAGAAAUAAUGCAUAAGGAUAAACAAUUUCUUAGCAUAGAUUUAGAAACAAUAGACACAUCAGGAAAUGUAGGAGAUGUAAACAAUCGAUUAAAUAAUUACAAUGAUAUGGAACAAAUUAAAUAUGAUAGUGAAUAUAAGAAUAAUAAAAAUUUAAAGACAAAUAAUGUUAAAUCUAUUUAUUUAUCUUGUAAUGAUAAAACUAUUAAACAAUUAUGUGAUUCAAAAAUAGAAUGUGUUUUAGAAUCUGAAUAUGAAAUUAAUAAGAUAUUAUUAUAUAAAAAUAUUUUUUUAAUUUGUUCAUAUUAUAAUGGUUUUUUUUCUAGAAUUCGAUUUUAUGUUUUACCAUUAUGUGGUAUUUAUUUAGAAAUUCCAUGUCAUAUUUCUAAUUGUGUAAAUUUAAAGUUAGAUUUUAAUAAAGAGUUGUUAUUUAGUUGCUCAAAAAAUGGAGAAGUAUAUAUUUUUUCAAUUGAACAAAUAGAAAACUGUAUAUUGUUUCCAAGAAAUUUAGCAUCAAUAAAUAAUAUAUCUUCUGAAAAAGUUAAACAAAUAACUAGUCAAGAUAAAAAGAGUUGUGAGGAAAGAGAAAUAAACGAUCAAAACAAAAACGAAAAUGAUAAUAAAUAUAAUGUAAAUACAUGCACAAAUAUUAGUAAGCUAGAAAACACAAUAACACUUAACGAUAAAUUAGAAGUCGGAUCAGAAAAAAUGAGUAUAUCGGAUUUAGCAAAAGAUAAAAAUUGUAAUUAUAACAACACAAAAAUUAUUAUUAUAGAAGAUAAUGAUAAAAACUUAAAUAAUAAUGGGAAAGACAAAAAUGAAGAAUCUCAAGAUAUAAAUAGUGAUGAUACUUUGGAUGGAAAUAGAGAAAUAAAUUACAGUUUUGCAAUAUACGAUUUGAAUAAUAAAAGUAAGUAUAUAUUUGAUGAUGUUGAAAAAGAGAGUAACGAUAUUUUGAUAGACUUUUGUUAUGUAGAAAAAAAAAAUAAUGAAUUGUUAGAUUUAGAAAAAAAGAUAAAAAAUUUAAAAAAUCAAAUGGAACUUGAAAUGAAAAAUAAAGAAUCUAUUUAUAAAAAUAUGAUAAAGAAAUUGAAAAAAGAAAAAGAUUUAGAAUUAAAAAACUUAAUGAAAAUAAAUAAAAAUAUAAUUAAAGAAAAAGAAAAGAUGGAAAAUAAAUGUAAAGAAUCAUUAUUCGAAUUAGAAGAAAAACAUAUAUAUUUUGUAAAUCAACUAAAUUCACAAUUUUAUUUAACUAAUAAAAUAUGUGAAGAAAAAUUUUUAAAAAUUGAAGAGGAAUUUGAUUUAUAUAAAAAAAAUACCACUUUAGAACUUUUAGAAUUAAAAAAAGAACACGAAAUAAAAAUGAAUUUACUAAUACAAGAAAAAAACGAUGAAAUACAAAAAAAAGACGAGUGUCUACAAAAAAGCGAAGAGAAAUAUGAACAAAUGAAAAAAGAAAAGGAUCAAUAUAUCAAAGAAAUAGAAGAUGAUGUAGAUGAAGAAAUCCUUUUAUUAACUAAGAAGUAUGAAGAAGAAAUUGAUAAUCUAAAAAAAGAUAAGUAUGAUUUGUUAGGAAAAUUUAAGUUGCAUGAAUAUAUAGAAAACGAACUCAAUGAGGGUAUCAAUCUCGAAAAAGAUAAAUUCUUAAAAAAAUGUAUAAUGAUAAAGCGAAUGGAGGAGAACAUUGAAAGCCUAAAGCUCGAUAUAAAGAAUCUGAACGAUAAUAUUAAAUCCAAGGAUACAGAAAUUGAUGGUAAAAACAAAGAAAUUGAUAAUUUAAAGAAAAGAAAUAGAGAAUUUGAAAAACUUAAAAUAGUUUUAUCCCAAAAAAUUAAAGACUUGGAAUCGACUUUAUCGCCAAAAGAUUCAGAAAUAAAAGUGAUGAAGGAUAAAAUCGAUGAAAUGUCAAAAUGUUUUGAAAAUAAUCAUAAAAAAACUAUUAACUUACAAAUAGAAAUAAAUGAGCAUAAAAUGAAAAUAAAAUCAUUACAUGAUGAUGUAUUAAAUUAUAAUAAAAGAAUUGGGAACUAUGAAAAAAUUUUAAAAAAUUUGCAAGAUCAUAUCAAAGAAUGCUAUUUGCAUUUACAUGAUAAAAAAAUAUUUAAUUCAUCAUUUUUAAAUCUUUACAAUAAAUUUCACAAAAUUAAUGAUGUUCAAAACUAUGAUACGAAAAAUGUUUUUUCAGAGUAUAUUAGACAAAAGGAGUAUUUAGAAAAUAUGAUACAAGUAUUAAAAGAUAAAUUGGAAAAAGAAACGGAAGCUUAUAGAAUAGAAAAAAUUAAAAUGAUGAAUGAAAAUUCGUUAUUACUAAAAGAAAUAAAUGAUUUAAAAAUGGAUUUAAACUUUUUAAAAUCCGAAUUUCAUGAUGCAAAACUUAAAAACCGAAAAAAUCGUUUUUAA